GUGAAAACCGUUCUCUCGUUCUCUUUCUCUAUCUGGCUUCGCUCUCCUACGAAGAAAAUUUGAUCCAUUCUGUCUCUCUAACAUCUUCCUUUUUCUUCGUCUUUCCCUGUUUAGACAUGGAUAUUAAUACAUACAUGUUUAUGUAUAAAUGGUUCAUGAAUGCGGCUGACAAGGUGAAUCUGUUGUUUUUGGACAGCUUCCCAUAGACUUUUGAGGCAUUUCUGUUCACUUUGUCUACCCUCAAAGAUCAUUUUUGAGAAUUGUUAGUGUUCUCCGCGUUGGCAAUUCUCGGAGAUGUCGAGUUAUGUGGGCGUUCAUGUCUCUGAUCAAUCGCUUCAGAGUCAGUUCACACAGGUUGAGCUUCGCGGCCUCAAAUCGAAAUUUACAUCUGUGAAGACUCAAAAUGACAAAGUAACUGUCGAAGAUUUGCCUCCUUUGAUGGUGAAAUUAAAAGCUUUUAAUUCAAUGUUCAAUGAGGAGGAGAUUAAAGGGAUCCUGAGUGAGUCGUUCUCUGACAUGAGCAAUGAGAUUGAUUUUGAAGACUUCCUCAGGGCAUAUCUAGAUUUGCAAGGUCGAGCUACUGCAAAAUCAGGGAAACCAAAGCUUGCUUCAGCGUUUCUCAAGGCCAUGACAAGCACUCUUCUUCACAACAUUAAUGAAUCGGAGAAAGCAUCUUAUGUUGUUCAUAUAAACACCUUUCUUGGAGAUGACCCAUUUCUGAAGCAGUUUCUUCCCUUGGAUCCAAACUCAAAUGAUUUAUUCAAUCUUGUGAGAGAUGGAGUACUCCUAUGCAAGCUCAUCAAUGUUGCUGUGCCGGGGACAAUAGAUGAACGAGCUAUCAACACAAAGCGGGUUCUUAACCCAUGGGAGAGGAAUGAAAAUCACACUCUCUGCCUCAACUCUGCUAAAGCUAUUGGCUGCACUGUAGUAAACAUUGGCACUCAGGACAUGGUGGAAGGAAGACAUCACCUGAUUCUGGGUUUGAUUUCUCAAAUUAUAAAGAUUCAAUUGCUAGCAGAUCUUAGCCUUAAGAAGACACCUCAGCUUGUGGAAUUACUGGAUGAUAACAAUGACAUUGAGGAGCUUAUGGGCUUGGCCCCUGAAAAGAUUUUGUUAAAAUGGAUGAAUUUCCAUUUGAAGAAAGGAGGCUAUGAGAAAACUGUCUCAAAUUUUUCAUCUGAUUUGAAGGAUGCCAAGGCUUAUGCCUAUCUACUUAAUGUCCUCGCCCCAGAAUUCUGCAAUCCUGCUACAUUGGAUGUCACUGAUGCCAGGGAAAGGGCUAAGCUGGUACUUGACCAUGCGGAGAGAAUGGAGUGCAAAAGAUAUUUAAGACCAGAAGAUAUUACUGAAGGUUCAUCAAAUCUGAAUCUUGCAUUUGUUGCACAAAUAUUUCAUCAAAGGAGUGGCCUUUCUACAGACAGUAAAAAGCAUUCAUUUGCAGAGAUGAUGAAGGAUGAUAUCCAGAUAUCUAGAGAAGAGAGAUGCUUUCGGUUGUGGAUCAACAGUCUUGGGAUUCCUACUUAUAUUAACAAUGUAUUUGAGGAUGUAAGAACUGGAUGGGUACUUUUAGAAGUGCUUGACAAGAUUUCUCCUGGAUCAGUUAACUGGAAGCAGGCAACUAGACCUCCAAUCAAAAUGCCCUUCAGAAAAGUAGAGAACUGCAAUCAAGUGAUCGAUAUCGGGAGCCAAUUGAAAUUUUCCCUUGUUAAUGUAGGUGGAAAUGACAUUGUCCAAGGAAAUAAGAAGCUCAUUCUUGCUUUCUUAUGGCAGUUGAUGAGAUAUAAUAUGCUUCAGCUCCUGAAGAACUUGAGAUCUCACUCGCAAGGGAAAGAAAUAACUGAUACUGAUAUUCUAAGAUGGACAAACUGGAAGGUUAGAAGUACGGGCAGAACUUCUCGAAUUGAAAGCUUCAAGGAUAAGAAUCUGUCAACGGGGUUAUUCUUCCUUGAGCUUCUUAGUGCUGCGGAGCCUAGGGUGGUCAAUUGGAACCUUGUUACCAAGGGUGAAAAUGAUGAUCAGAAGAGAUUAAAUGCUACAUACAUAAUCAGUGUGGCAAGGAAACUUGGCUGUUCCAUCUUCUUGUUGCCUGAGGAUAUCAUAGAGGUAAAUCAGAAGAUGAUUCUCACACUUGCUGCCAGCAUAAUGUACUGGAGCCUGCAAAAGGCAAUGGAAGAGGGAGACACGUUUCUCUUUACUCCGGAUGCAUCUCCGGCACCCUCUGUUUGCGGUGAAGAUGAGAGCACCAGAGCCUCUGUUUGCGGUGAAGAUGAGAGCACCAGAGCCUCUGUUUUUGGUGAAGAUGAGAGCUCAACUCUGGCGGGCGAGCUCUCAAAUUUAAAUAUCGACGACACUGCCUCCGAUACCACCAUCACCUCACAGAUGGAGAGUGAGGAAGCUCCCGGAGGAGAAUGAGCGAUUAACAAGGAGGUUUUCCACGACAGUGUACUGGGUGGAAGUAGACGAAAGUGAAUGUACAGUGUGCAGCUAAGUCUACUUAUCUCUUCCUUUGAAGCAAAAGCAAAAGCAAAAGCAAAUGUGAAAAGGAGAGCCAGAGAAUUCGCGUCUUGUAAAUUUGGUUUUUAUGAAUGAAAAUAGAAGCUCGAUUUCAACAAGUGUAUUUUAUUCGGUCGGUUUCUUUACCGGGUCAAAUCCAACCCGGAUCUAAUAAUACUGAAUUAAAGGAAAGUAAAGAAGGAUUUUAUAUUUUAU